CUUGUCCCGGCCCUUUUGACCUUGGAGCCUCGUGGUGUAGAGGAGUUGCGGCGGUCUUGCACUGUUCUUUUGGUGCAAGUUGGUGACUGGACUGGCAGUUAACGUGUCGGAGAUAGUUAAGUUUAUUCAUGGCCCAGAUAGCCACUAUGAACGACACCAACAUGGCGGCCGGCGACGGCGACAUCGCCCAGCUGAAGAACGGUCAGGCGGAGAAGGUGGGCUGCGCUGAGAUGACCUCCAAGGACUACUACUUCGACUCGUACGCUCACUUCGGCAUCCACGAGGAGAUGCUGAAGGACGAGGUGCGGACGCUCACCUACCGCAACUCCAUGUACCACAACCGGCACCUGUUCAAGGACAAGGUGGUGCUGGACGUGGGCUGCGGCACGGGCAUCCUGUCCAUGUUCGCCGCCAAGGCCGGCGCCAAGCGGGUGAUCGGCGUCGACUGCUCCAACAUCGUCGACCACGCCAAGACCAUCGUCAAGGCCAACAAGCUGGACCACGUGGUGGAGAUCAUCAAGGGCAAGGUUGAGGAGAUCACACUGCCAGUCAGCAAGGUGGACAUCAUCAUCUCGGAGUGGAUGGGCUACUGCCUCUUCUACGAGUCCAUGCUGGACACGGUGCUGUACGCGCGUGACAAGUGGCUGGCGGAGGGCGGCAUGCUCUUCCCCGACCGCGCCACGCUCUUCAUCACAGCCAUCGAGGACCAGCAGUACAAGGACAGCAAGAUUAACUGGUGGGACGACGUCUACGGCUUCGACAUGAGCUGCAUCCGCGAGGUGGCCGUCUCCGAGCCGCUAGUGGACGUGGUGGACCCCAAACAGGUGGUGACGAAUUCGUGCCUGCUGAAGGAGGUGGACCUGGCCACCAUCACCAAGGCAGAGCUGGCCUUCUCGGCCCCUUUCACGCUCAAGGUGCGGCGAAGUGACUACGUGCAGGCCUUCGUCACCUACUUCAACAUCGAGUUCACCAAGUGCCACAAGCGAGUGGGCUUCAGCACAGCACCCGAGUCGCGGUACACCCACUGGAAGCAAACCGUGUUCUACACCACUGAGCAGAUGACCUGCAAGAACGGCGAGACCAUCGAUGGCACCUUCUCCAUGAAGCCCAACGAGAAGAACAACCGCGACCUGGACUUCCACAUAGAGUUCAACUUCCACGGCGAGCUGUGCACGGUCAAGGACAACCGCAGCUACAAGAUGCGCUAAGACCGCCCGGCGCGUAGGACCAUCGCACUCACCUCCACUGUCGUCGUUCGGCGGGCUUCCCGGCCGCCAACAGCUGACGUGCUCGGCCGCCGUUCGGACACGACCGGUGGCGCUCCAUCGCCGAGCUGUGAUCGCACGCGCUCGGUCCGCCCUCGCCGCCGACCCGAGGGGCUCUCACCGCAACUAGCACGUCAUCAAUAAACUGGCCGCCUUGC